CUGAGUUCUAACCCCUCGAGAUCCGAAUAUCCAACUCUCUGGUUCUUGCAUCCAUGGGACCUUUCCUGCCUCUCCUCCUCUUUGCGCUUGCACUUGGAGCAAGCCAUGCGUCUUCGCCUGCCGAGGACUACUGGCACAAAGUGCUGCCCAACACUCCCAUGCCAAGCGCCGUCACUGACCUCUUGCUCCAUGCUGUGGUGGCUGAUGAGAAGUCGGGCACAGCCGCGAACGUCGGGAAGGGAGGGGUCAACGUUACGGGCAAGGACACCAGCGUGAGUGUCGGCUACCAUGGGAGGCCGGUGAACGUCAACGUAAAUCCCUACUACUCCGGCCCCUUCCUCUACAACUACGCCGCCACGAAGAGCCAAAUCCAGGAUCCCUCCGUAACCCUCUUCUUCCUGGAGGAGGACUUGCACCCGGGUGCCAAGAUGACGUUGCACUUCAUCCGGACCACCAUCGGCGCUACCCUUCUUCCACGCCGAGCGGCCGACUCCAUCCCGUUCUCCUCCGCGAAGCUCCCGGCGAUCCUCUCCCGCCUCUCCAUCGCGCCCAACUCCAUCGAAGCCAAGGUCAUGAACAAGACCCUUCACGAGUGCGAGGAGCCGGCGAUUGACGGAGAGACCAAAUACUGCGCCACCUCGGUCGAGUCCAUGGUGGAUUUCAGCACGUCGAGCCUUGGGACUCGUAACGUCCGAGCCCUGUCGACGGCAGUCGGUAGGGAGGGUACACCGAAACAAGUUUACGCCAUAUCCGACGUGCAGGAGCUGCCUAGCUCCAAGUUGGUGGUUUGCCACGGUGAGAAUUACGCAUACGCGGUGUUCUACUGCCACACGACGAGCGCAGUGGCGUACAAGGUGUCGCUGGUCGGGAAGGAUGGGACCAAGGUGGAGGCGGUGGCUACGUGCCACACCAACACCACCGGAUUCAACCCCGAGCACGUUGCCUUCAAGGUGCUCGACGUCAAGCCCGGGACGGUGCCGGUCUGCCACUUCCUACCGCAGAACGAUAUUGUUUGGUCCCGCAACAAAUAGAAGCAUCUCGCCGUCGGAGAUGAAGGUGCGAUCGCCCCUAGAAAGCUUCUGUAGAAGAUUUCUUUGCCUAGCCUAUCCUACGUACAUUCCUACUACAGUUUCCAGUUUCCAGUUUCCGUUGUCCGGUGGCGCCUAUCAGAUGUUAUGGUGAUGUAUAAAGUAUCCAUGUUGUAUAAAUAGAAGUAGAAUUUUCUUUGUAUAUCGAGGCGCCGAACUCUUUCUGUGCCUUCUAUCGUGAUGUAUAUGUAUGCCUCUUAUAUAAAUAAAAGUAGAAUUUGCAUUGUAAGUA